CGCCCGGCGCGCGACUCCCGCGGCCGCACUUUCACUCUCGCUCCACCUCGGUGCCCUCCUGCCGUCCAGCCCCGCAGCCGCCUCCGGCGCGCCCUCCCGCCCACGCCAUGGACGCCAAGGUCGUGGCCGUGCUGGCCCUGGUGCUGGCCGCGCUCUGCAUCAGCGACGGUAAACCCGUCAGCCUGAGCUACAGAUGCCCAUGCCGGUUCUUCGAGAGCCAUGUCGCCAGAGCCAAUAUCAAACACCUGAAAAUCCUCAACACUCCAAACUGUGCCCUUCAGAUUGUUGCGAAGCUGAAGAGCAAUAACAGACAAGUGUGCAUUGACCCGAAAUUAAAGUGGAUUCAAGAGUACCUGGAGAAAGCUUUAAACAAGAGGCUCAAGAUGUGAGAGGCGUGGGUCAGACGCCUGAGGAACUUGCAGAAGGAGCCUAGGUCUGAAGUCAGUGUUAGGGAAGGGCCCAUAGCCACUUCCUCUGCUCCUGAGCAGGGCUAAAGCCAUUUCCAAGGGACUCGCUUUGCACAAUUUGCUGUAUUUUCACCAUUUGAUUAUGUAGCAAGAUACAUGGUGUUUAUUUCUCAUUUAGUCAGAUUGUCCAAUGUCAUUGGUGACAGGCCAAGGCCACUAUGUAAUUUCCUUUGUUAUAGUAUCUUUCCCAUGGAAGACCUUCUCUGACUAAGGCCUCCCCAGGUUUGUCUCUCUGAGGCUCACCCUUUUUCUGAAUGGGAAUUGUAUGUCCCCACCCCAAUGACUGCAGGGCUUUCCCGAGCUGAGGCAGGAGUGUGAGGUCAGGGGCAAGUGAGAUCCACCCUCAUCCCACGCUCUCCUCCUCAUCCCAUCAUGCUCAUCAUUCUCUCUCAUCCAUCAUCAUGUGUCUCCAAGACUGUCUCCGUGAUCCUGAAAAGGACUCUCAAGAUGAAAUCUUUUAUUCAAAUGGGACAGCAAGAAGGAAAGAAAAAUGUCUGGUGUUUCCCCAAAAACCCUGUGCGCGUCUAAUGUCUUGUUUGGAAUAUUGUCUGUUCAACCUCCCGCUUUUGUUCAGAGUCUAUGUCCGCAUGACCAAUGUCUCAUCUGUGCACUGUCUCUAACCCAAAUGCAAAAGCUGAGUAUGAGGUGGUGGCCCUGAGGUCCAGGCUGUGAUCAUGGAGUGUAAGAAUAGUCUUGGUUUAAUCACUGCUCAGAGGGUCAUUUUGGACCCACAAAGCCCAAAGAAAUGUGGUUUGCAGCAGCACUUAGCUCUGAGAACUGUAGAACCUCAAUAUUUCCAUAACUGUUAUCUUAAGUCUGUGGCCUUAAGUUCAUCAUUCUGUUGAGGGCUGACAGCAGUUCACAAUUCUUUUAAAUCAUUUUGAAAAGGCAACGAAUAAAUGAAUGAACAUUGUGCCCGGCUGGGCAUUUCUCUGAAGCCUAGCAUGUGGGAGUGGCCACUGUUUGAUGUGUGGCCCUCCAAGUGUUUUGUCCUCUGCAGUCAAGCUCACCAAUGCUGCCCCUUUGACUAAAGCACAGUAAGAACUCUCUAGUUCUUCAAAGGACAAAGAUGUAGGGAGAAGAGGAAAGGAAGGAGAGGCACCCGUUGGCUUCCACCCGAUGGAGGAAGCAAGUUAUGGUAAGAUAAUCUUCAAAAACGGGCGCGUGGGAGCGAAUAAAGCUGUAGAAUUGUUAGCAAUGUGUGCAGGAGGGGGGAGGAUUCUUAUGAAUGUCCAUCCGGCAAGAUUCCCAUCAAAUUUGAACGAAAAACUAAAAGCUGGUUAGGAUGUGGGGCAUGUGGGUAGUUGCGGAGGCAGAUCAUUAUGAGGAUGCAGAGUUGUUUUAAAUCCUCUUGAAAUGGCCAUGGGAAUGGAACAGAUACCACACAACCAGAUUGCUAGUGUAUCGGCCACUUUGCACCUAAUCCAAGCUUUUAAGGCUGUUUGCUUGGAAGGAAGGCAACCAGUUCAGCCCUCCAUCUCCAUUAGGGUUAGGGAUCCUUUCAAGGUGUCCUAAAAAGAUAAGGGUGGAACCUGCCGGGAGACUCAUUUGUGUAUCAAUUCCUCCGAUGACAAUAAGUCUCUAGGUGGAGACACCCAGGCUAAAGCAAGUACGCAUUUAAAUAGUACAUUUACAUAGGAAAAGCCCUUCCCUCCCUUAAUCCCCCCUCCAUCAUCUUGCAGAGACUGUUGUUGAUUUGGGAACGCGUAGCUGUCCCACCCCUGGUCCCGGUGCUGCCUGCAUCCCACCUCUCCUUGGGCGCCGCGUGACCUGCCAGGCAGCCUGCCCCUCUGUUACCAGCCUUUGCAUCAGGAUAGGGAGAGGGGGUUGGAGACAUCCAGUCUGCUUCGUGUUGAAACCCAAAUCUGUGCCUUGUGUUGUUUACACUGUGCUGCCCCCCCCCCCAGGGCAAUGGGACAGCAGCAAGGAAGGGCAAAAGGGGCAGCAGAGCCCUCCGUCAGAUCACUGCCCGUUCAGCUUUGAGAGAGGGUCUGAAAGCAAAAGGCUGCAUUCCUCCGUGGGACUUGGCCUGAGGCUUUCGACUUCUCCCCUGGGUUCUGUUCAUCUUCUGGUCAGUGUUACUAGGGGUUUCCUCACAGCAGUCAGUCAUCCUUCCCCAGGGGAUGCAAUCUUUUCCAGAUGGAUGUAAACUGAGGAAGCAUUCCUUCUACACACCUUCUCUGAUGCUUCCCUGAUCCAUUUUAAGGUAACCAGUCUUGUUCCUCAAAGCCUUCCGUGGAAACCUCCAAAGUCCCCAGCAGACUUCGGCGAUUGCCAAGUUCACAAAACCACUCAGCAAAGUUCUUGCCAACCUCGAUGGGCUUGCAGUGUCUAAGCAGCGAUGUGUUCUGUGUUGCAUGUGGUGAAUACUGUAUUUUGUUUCAGUUCUGUCUCCCAGAUAAUGUGAAAAUGGUCCAGGAGAAGGCAGCUUCCUAUAUGCAGUGCGUGCUUUUUUAUUAUUAUUAUUUUCCUUUUUAAUAUAUGACAGUUAUUUGAGAAGCCAUUUCUACUUUGAGGUCAUAUCAAUGAAAAUGAUGUAUCAUCACUUACAGUUUUCCUAAUAAAGUUCUGUAUUCAAAUGUG